GUCACAGCAUCGCGGCUGGUCAGGGCGGCUCCUCGUCAACGCAGGCACAGAACCUCCAAACCAAACAGCGAGACGGUUGACAGCGUCGACAAAAAGGCGUUGGAACCUGGCCUCUGUAUAUUGCAAAAGCAGUAGUAGACCCGUGGAACGUCAGCACACCAUCGCACUCUGCAGCAUGUCCUUUCUCAGUUCCUCCGCGAAGAUCGUGCACGCUACCAAGCUGCCGGAUGGGGCCACCCAGAAGCAGGGGAUUGCGAUGCUCCAGGACCAUGAGUUCUUUCUCUCGUGCGACCCGCACAUGCAGAAAUUCGAGUCCCUAGGGCAGGUGACUGGGCCAGAGUUGCCCGAGGGUCUUAAGCCUCUGGGCCCGACGACCUCGUACAAGGUUACUGAUCUGGUCGAGACCCUACCAAAGGGCCUCUGGGGCUCCAACGUGGAGUCGAACUACGAGUUCACAGACUUCGAGCUGGGGACAUUUUGCCUGUUGAGGAGUCCUCUGAAUGUGGUCAUGCACACAUUUUGGUCCAUCGAGGACAAGGAUGGCGGGCUUGAGCUUGUGGAGGCUUGCGAGAUCAAGUGUUCAAGGCUCCUCAUUGGAAUUGUCAAGUCUCUUAAUGAAGGGGGAUGGUCCAAAAUCCAUGCCAAAAUGAUGGAUCGGCUCAGCAAGGAGUUGGGAGAAACUCCAGCGAACGGGACUGCCGCGGGAGCACCAGAUCUGUCUACUACUUCAUAGAGAGGGUAAUCCUGAACAAUUCAGAACUUGAUAGAACAGAUCAUAGUUAUGCACACGGUAGAUGUUGGCUCGCAUGUCCCACAUAUGAGUUGCGAGCUCAAUGCAGUGG